UGGGGUGGGUCAAGGGGCUCAGGGUAAAGGAGCUGCUGGCUCAGAGCUGUGCCUGAAACCUGGCCAGGCUGUGCCUGGAGGUGGAGAGGAGGCUCCAGACAUCAGACACCUCUCACUGGGGCAGUGGGAGGGGGUGGCCCUGUCACCUGUGCAAAGGGGGCUCAGAGAGAUGGCCCAGAGGAGUUGUCACUGCCAGAGGACACCCAUGAACCUGAUCCCUCCCGGCCAGCUCUUGGAGGAAGAAAGGAAAGGCAGGAGCACCAGAAUGGGUGGGUACAAUUCCAUUCCCCACAACUCAGCCCAGCACAGAGGUGUCCAAAGGGGUCUCCAGCCAAUGUCACUCCUGGUGUACAGAGAAAAGCCAAGCCCAUGAAUUCAUGCAUCAGUGCUCUGUUUCCUGCACUAGGCCUCAUUCCCAGGCACUGGUUUCUCUCCCUGAACUUCUCUCUGGGAUGCUCCCCCUCCCUUGUCCCUGAUAUGGAUGCACAGGUUUCCACCUGUCCAAUCCAGGCAUUCCCUGAGACUUUCUGGAUUCUGAUUCUGCCUGAUAGGGGCUUCUCCAUUUUCAGGAGAUUUUCCAAGCCUUACUAGCCCACAUGGGUAGAGCUGCUGGAAGAGAGAAACAAGCCCAGGAUCCCUACAAGUGGGGCUGCAGCAAAGAGCAGCUUGCAGGGCUGUCCCAGCCUUCGUCCCUGAGAGAUCUGCACCAUGUAGGACUGACCCAUCAGCCCUAGGUGAUGGACACAGUUAUGAAGACAUCUUUCCAUGUGAAAUGUCAUCGGAGGGUGACAAAGGACUGGAGUUUCCCAGGGCUUCAGAAGAGCCUGGCUGGUCAUGGCUGCAAGAGCAGCUCUAAGGAAGGAGUCACAUCUGCAUUAGCACAGGAAACUCACUCAGAUCUGGGAGACCCCCAAGGAGGUUUUGUAGUCAUAAAUUGGACCUCUGCCACAGAAAAUUCCUCAGCUGGGGGCUGAGGAAUGGCAAGGAAGACCAUGAGCCACACACAACAGGGGGAGCCUGAAGACUUGAGCUUGUUGCACACUGACAGAGAAGGCAGGACAGGGACAAAUGUCUCUGCCAGAACAGAUCUCCUUGGCCAGGUCACCCCAGCCAAAGGCCAGAGAUGCAUUUAGGGUAAAAGGAAUCUCUGGAAGUCGUGUAGCUCAGCCUCCUGCUCAGGGAAUGUCUCUGAAUAACAGCAAGUCCUCUCAUCCAAGGAUGUGGAUGCAGAGCUGAGUGAUGUUUGGCUGUGUGGUGUGUGCAGAUGGUAAAUGCACAGCACUGGUGUGAAUUUACACAACUCAAAGCAACAUUUACUCCUCCCUUCCUUUACUCUGAACAGCACUAACCUGUGUGAUCUCACUCUCCCACUCCAGCUUAGGGGUGAUGCUUUAAAAUCCAAUAUUCUUCUCCUUUACUGACUUUCACAAACACAAUAGAGCUAUUCCCACUCAUGAAACACCAGUCCAUGUUUCGUGACCCAGGAGUGACUUGUGGGAGGCUCAGAUAUCCAAUGGGCACCUUGAGAGUGCAAGACAAAGCACUGGAGAGGAGAUUUGCAAUGAGCAGGUUAGUGAUGUCCUCAUGGUUCUGGUAAAAGCAGCCACCAGCUCUGGUAAAAACAACUUCUGCCAAAUUACACACAAAAUUUCACACACUGAGGGCUAUUGCAGGCAGCCAGUGUAGCAGGAAUAAAGACCCAAGCCACUCAGGGAGCCUACCCAGGAUGCAGCUCAGAUGUGCAGCAGAAAUCAGGUCAAUCUGCUUUUCAAGUGACAUCAGAACCUCAGGCAAAGCCAAGCUGGUGUCAUUUCCCAAUUCCUCUGUGCUCUCAAUGUCUGUGUGUGUAACCUGCUUUUUUCCCUGAGGGUACCCUCUCAGCCAAGUCUGGUUUAGGAUUAUCUCAAGAAAAUGAAGUUUAGUUCUAGUUUUAUGACUAACCAGGGUUUCUACAAAUGAAAACAGAGAGCUUGGGACACAGCUGUCAAGAGCAAGUCUCUUGCACUAUCAGACAUAUUUCCAGCUCCAGAGGAGAAGUGUUCUUCUGCUUCUCUUCCAUAUUCCCUUACAUAUCUCUGUCUCCAGGAUGCGCUACAGAGUCAUUAAACCAUUAAUGGGAGCAGCAAAUUUGCUCUGUUUGCAUCCCCACCCCAGCAACAUUAACCCUCAUUUGCAGAAUCCCAACUUCAUGCCUCAGACACAAACCUUGUGCUGCAGCACAGCUGCCUUCAGGAGGCCUUGUGACACUUCUCAGGCUGGAGAAGGACGAGAUGUCACUAUACCAUCCCCAAGAGUGGCAGUGCUCUGGCACCUUUGUUCUAUUCCCAAGAGCAGGGAGGGAAUGGCUGGUGACAAAGUGCAGCCUGGAGCACUGCACUGUAUCAUCACAGUGGACCGGUGUGCCAGUGCAGGUGCUCAUUUUAUCACACUGGAUUAGGGCUUUAGUGCUCACACAGUUUAAACAUUAAUAUUUGCCUAUUUAAGCCAUAGGCAGCAGUGCAGCCUGCCCACAGAGGUGCUCACCAUGGCUGAGUUUGGGGAUCUUUUGAGGGCUCUGGGGGAGUUUGGGCUCUACCAGAAACUGCUGAUCCUGCUCCUCUCCCUCUCACUACUUCUCAUUCCUUUCCAAAUGGUUGGCCAAGUCUUCAUGGUGGUGGAAGUGCCUCACCACUGUGACACCAGCUGGAUCCGCGCCGUCGGCCCCAACCUGACGGAGGAAGAGCAGCUGAACCUCACCCUGCCCCGCCGCGCCGACGGGGAGUUUGAGCAGUGCUCCAUGUUCUCCCCGGUCGACUGGGACCUGGAUGCCAUCCUGGCUUACGGGCUGAACCACACGCAGAAGUGCAGCAGUGGCUGGGUGUACCCCUCAGAGCAGCCGCCGUCCCUGCUGACCGAGUUUGACCUGGUGUGUGACAGGGCGUUCCUGAACGAUGUCUCCCAGUCCAUCUACAUGGCUGGGCUUCUCAUUGGAGCCAUGUUCUUUGGGAUGCUGAGUGACAGGAUAGGCAGGCGGCCAGUCUUCCUCAUCUGCAUCCUCAUCCAGGGGGUGUUUGGCCUGGGAAUUGCCUUUGUGCCCCAUUUCUACGUGUUCAUGGCCUUCAGGUGUGUCGUGGGAGCUGCGGUGUCAGGAAUUAUGAUUACAGUCGUAUCCCUGGCUACAGAAUGGGUUGGUGUCUCCCACCGGACAAAGUCACUGCUGAUCACUCACACGGCUUUUGCCAUCGGGCAGAUGUCCGUGGCUGGCUUGAGUUAUGGAAUUCGCAACUGGAGGCUGUUGGAGAUUGUAGGAUCUGCUCCUAUGUUUGCCCUUUUCUUCUACAUCUGGGUGAUCCCAGAGUCAGCUCGCUGGCUGGUGACCAAGGGCAGAAUCGAGGAAGCCAAGAAGGUCCUGCAGAAGGCGGCAGCCACCAACAAGCGCAGCCUCCCAGCAGAGCUCCUGCAGCAGAUGAAGCCUGAGAAAGAGGUCAAGUCUGGAAGUUUCCUGGAUCUCUUCCGGACAAAGAACCUGCGGAAGGUGACUUUAAUCAUGUCAUCUGUCUGGUUUGCAGACAGCAUUGUCUACUAUGGGCUGAGCCUCAGCGUGACAGAUUUUGGUCUGGACAUCUACCUGACACAGCUGGCCUUUGGGGCAGUGGAGCUUCCAGCUCGAAUUUCCUGCAUUUUCCUGCUGGAGUGGUUUGGAAGGAAGAAAGUGCAGAGCAUUCUCCUGUUCCUGGCUGGCCUGAUAUGUCUCAUCCUCACUGGCAUCCCUGAAGACCAGCCCGUGGUAAUCACUGUCCUGGCCAUCAUUGGCAAGUUCACAGCCACGGCCGCUUUCUCCACCUCCUACGUCUACGCUGCUGAGCUCUUCCCCACCAUCCUCAGGCAGACGGGCGUGGGGCUGUGCUCCACCAUGGCCAGGGUGGCAGGGAUCCUGGCCCCGCUGAUCAUUCCCCUGGACCAGUACCACCGGGCCAUCCCCAAAGCCAUCUUUGGGAGCAUCCCUGUGCUGGUGGCCCUGCUCUGCAUCCUGCUGCCCGAGACCCGCGGCGUUGACCUGGCAGAUGACACAGGCAAUGAACAACCUCUAGAGGAGGAGCAGAAAACUGAAGUGUCUCUCUGAGACACCAGAGAUGAUGACAGAGACUUGGAGAAGGACGCCUGCAGAUGCUCAGAGAAGAAUCAAUGACUGGAGAGGCAUCUACAAACAGUCUAGUCUGAGUCCAUCAUUCUUGAAGCAAACCAGGGAGGCAUUGCUGCCUGGAAACUGGUCUUUCAGAUGGUGAACACAAUAUCCAUGGUCACAGGGAGAGGAGAUCUGUGUCACUCUGCCUUUGGAACAGAUGCACUUCCGAGUGGCCCUGAAACCCAGUUUGGUCAUGCCUGGCUGGCCUCCCAAUGUGUUCCCCAGUCCUUUGCAGGCUGGUACCCGUGGAACCAUCCCUGUCGUGUUUCUCAAGAGUACAGACUUCUUAUUUUCACAGGUGUUGGAUGGUUCUCACAGGUAAAGGCUGCCAGGCUGAUUCUCACAGACACCUGUCAGUCCAGCUGUUUUCGGUACCCAGCCAAAUCAGUAGGCCUGAACUAUGAUUUUACAAGGCCUUUUUUUGUAAUGUUUUACCCAAAUGCAACAAAUCACCAGUAGAGUGGCUGCACUGGGCAAAGGCAGGCACUGGGUUUGUCCCUCCUGCACUCAAUCCCUUGGGUCGACGGGCUGCACGUCAGCCCAAGCCUCGACGUUUGAUCAGGAUGUCACUGCACCCCUGUCACACACGUAUUUAGCUUUUCUUUCCAUGUGGUGUUGAAGUUGAGUUUCUACAUGAAUAAUAUAAAUUAUGCUCUGAGUUUGAUAAGAGACACUUGUAAUACAAUAUGUGAAUAAUAAAUGGUGUUGACUCUUUUUUUUUUCCUACUGUU